AUGAUCUGGCCUUGUGGUUUUGAACAACCAGAUUCUUGCCAUGGUGUCCGUUGCGGCUACUAUGCCAGAUGUGUUGAGGGGAGGUGCGAAUGUGAGCCCGGUUAUGCAGGAGACGCCUACACCGAAUGCAGGCCCGAGGUUAAUCCGGACUUAUGUGAGGUGCUGGGUUGUGGUGCGAAUGCUGUAUGUCUAAAUGGCAACUGUACAUGCCGUCAGGGUUUCACAGGAAACCCUUACGAGAGUUGCGUGGAGAUACAAUAUCUAAAACCGGCUGUACGAACACUUCAUGAUCCAUGCCAUAAAGUCGAUUGCGGUGAGGGUGCUUUCUGUUAUCUCGGCACUUGUCGCUGUCCAGAAGGGUCUCAUGGAGACCCCUAUACUGAGUGCCAGCUUGAUAUCGCAUUUCUUGACGAUUGUCGAGGUCGCCGCUGUGGUUCGAAUGCGUACUGUCGUGAUGACGUGUGUCACUGUGAAGCGGGCUACCAGGGCAAUGCCUACAUUGGAUGCGUUCGCAUGAGUGAUGGCUGUGAUGGUGUUCAGUGCGCCCCGAAUGCUUACUGCGAGAACGGUUAUUGCCGUUGCAACCCUGGCUACAUUGGAGAUGGUUUCAUCGAAUGUCAGUACCAAGGCUCCUGCGCUAACGUUCAAUGCGGAACCAAUGCUCACUGCGUGGACGGACGCUGUGUUUGCUGGCCAGGUUACGCGGGUGACCCGGACAGGCGAUGCGAUCCCUCAGUUGAUCCAUCCUACUGCGACGGCAGACGCUGUGGCAAAAAUGCAGUGUGCGACCAAGGGCGCUGCGUCUGCAACUAUGGCUUUGAAGGCGACCCCAACUACGGUUGCACUGAAAUCCGUAAAUAA